AUGAAAUCAAUUUUUUUGAUUUGUUUAUUAGUCAUUGCAAGUUUAUUCAUUGGAAAUAGUUUUGCCAAUGAUUCAAUUAAAGCAGAUGCACUCGAAUGUGAAAUGUGUAAUUUCGUUACUGGAUGGGCAGAAGAAUUUGUUACUAAAAAUGCAACAGAACAAGAAAUCAUCCAAAAAUUAGAAGAUGCAUGCAAUAUAUUACCAAAAGAAUAUGCUCAAGAUUGUGUUGAAAUUAUUAAUAAUUAUGGUGUUUUAAUGGUUAGAUUAUUAAUUAAUAGAGAAAGUCCAGAAAAUGUAUGUUUAAUGAUGGAAUUAUGUUCAAAAUCAUCAAGUGAAUUAAUAAUGCCAAUUAAUGUUGUUGCUGUUGGAGAUGAAGUAGAUAAUGUUGAAGGAAGUGGAGAAUGUUUAGUUUGUGAAUUUAUUUCAGAAAAGAUUGUAACUUAUUUAGAAGCAAAUCAAACUGAAACUCAAAUUUUACAAUAUUUAGAUAACGAUUGUAAACUCCUUAAAUCUGAUAACUGGAUUUCAACAUGUCAAAAUUUAAUUCAAGAAUAUGAACCACAAAUUAUUGCAGUUGUUGAAGGAUUCAUGGCACCAAGUGAACUUUGUCAAAAAAUUAAAUUCUGUUCAUCAUCAUCAUCAACCAAUGAUUUCGAUUUUAUUGGUAGUAGUACAACUGAUUGUGAAAUUUGUACAUUUAUUUCAGGAUAUGCUGAAAAUUUCUUGGAAGAAAAUAAAACACUUGAAGAUAUAAUUAAAGUUGUUGAUGAUUUCUGUAAAAUUCUUCCAGCUGCUUAUAAAACUGAUUGUGUAGCUAUGGCUUCUAAUUAUAUUCCAGCAAUUAUUAAAAUGUUGGAAAAUGAUAAUUCACCAGGUCAAGUUUGUCAAAAACUUAAUCUUUGUCCAGCACCAACUCCAACUUCAACACCUUCAACAAUCAAGAUUGAUGUGAAUAUUAAUAAAUGUGAAAUUUGUGAAACUGUAAUUGGUUUUGCUGAAAAAUAUUUAGGUUCAGCAUUAGAUUCUCAAACUGUAAAGACAUUCCUCCAAAAUGAAUGUAACAAACUUCCAGGUGUUGUUGGUGAUGUUUGUAAUGAAGUUGUAAAUGAAUAUCUUGAAUUUGCAGUCACUCAACUCGAAGCUAAAUUUAACCCAACUGAAAUUUGUCAAUUAUUUUCAUUCUGUACUGCUGGAUCUGAAUCAUCAGAUGCAUCUGAAAUCAAAAUUAAUAACAACUCAUAUAUUGAUUGUCAAAUUUGUGAAGUUUUAGCAAAUUUCGUAGUCUAUGAUAAGAAUUAUACAACUCAUUUCGAAGAUAAACUCAAUAAAUUAUGUAGUUGUUUAUCUCGUAGUUUAAUUGAACCAUGUCUUAACUUUGUUUCACAAUAUGGUUCUGAUCUUGUACAAAUCAUCGUUCAAGGUGGUGAAUCAGCUGCUGAGGCUUGUAAUCAAAUAGCUCAAUGUCCAACCUCUUCAAGUUCAUCAUACUCUGGUUCUGCUUCAGGUGCUUCCUCAGGUUCUGCUUCAGGUUCUGCCUCAGGUUCUGGUUCAGGUGGUUAUUUAUUCUAA